AUGCACUGCGACUUUGCCCCUCCUCUCUUGAACCAGCCGGCCCACUCUCCGACAGCAUCGUCGCCCCCGACGCCGACGCCGAAGAAACGGGGCCGUCCACGUAAGAACUGGGACGACCUGCAGAAGCUCCCGACGCCGACCGCUUCGGAGCCGGAUUCCGCCCAGACACCGAUCACCCCGGCUGCCGUACCCGUGCCCAUCGAACCCUCCUUUCCGUCGCUGCUGAACGGUGACGAUCUCGAGCUUCUACACCACUACAUGUGUCACACGGCUAUCACACUGGGAGAAGCGCGGGUAUGGAGGGAACAUGUCCCACGACUCGGCUUUCAACACCACUAUGUCCUCCACAUGGUACUGGCGAUCUCGGCGCAACAUCUCGCGAGGUUGCGACCUAACCAAGCCAGUCACUACGAGGCAUUGGCCGAGCGGCACUCGACCAGUGCUCUGCCGGAUGUCACCAACAUCAUUCCGAAGUUGAAUAGAGACAAUUGCCAGGCCCUAUACCACACCACCGUACUUGUGUGUUUAUCGACGUUUGCGAAGAAGCCCUCACCAGGGCAUCUGCUAGUCGUCGCGGAGGAGGGCGAAGUGCCUUGGUGGGCGCUUCUUCGUGGAGUCCGCUUUGUCGUCAAGACGAUGGGAAUCCAGACCAUAAUAGCUGGGUGGGCAGACGAUGGUGUCUCCUUCGAAGACACAUGGACCCAUUGCCCGCCCUUGCCCGAACCAGUUCACAAGAUGGUGUACUGGGAGAAGCGAUUCGAAGAGCUCGCCGACCUAGUCGCCACAUCCCCUGAGCCGGAUAGAGCCAUGUACACGACGCUACUCGCUGCCCUUGCGGAGUGCUUCAAGAUGACGUUUGGCACGACGGCCGAGCCCGAAACACAUGUCCAGGGGAAGUUCCAAUGCAUCAUGCGGUGGCUGUACAGCAUGGAUGACGAAUUCGUGGUUCGCUUGCAGCAGAGCCACGUCCUGCCCAUCAUCAUGCUCGCUCACUUCAACGUCCUGAUUCAGACGUUGGAGCAUUUCUGGUUCAUGCAGGGAUGGUCUGGACACCUGAUGGAUGGCUUAUUUCGAGUCUUAGAUCCUCAGUACUCUCACUGGCUGCAGUGGCCAGCAGACCAGAUUAAGCGGCCUGGGUCUAUGGACGGCGGAGUUCUAUCAUCUGACACUAAGAACCACCACGCCAAGCCGUCAUUCAAGACCCCCUCCGAAGCCAUGUCGUACAACCCGCAGUCGGCAGAAAAUGCAUCAGAUCGUAUCAUGCUCUUCUGGACACCUCAUGAUAACGAUAUCCCCGGUUUUGACCCUUUUAUCUACGAGAUCGUCAAGGACCCCAAGUUCAUCGGACCAAGCAACCGUCUCACCGAAGACUGGGUUCGGGAGCAGCAAGACGCCGUUCCCGCAACUAUUGUGAAGCUUGCUGAAGCAACUGAGUGGUCCGAGUCCAAGACCAAGCAGCAUUACGCUCAGCGAAUCGAUCAACUCAAGCACUUGACCAACAACCGAAGCCGUGAGUCCGCUGGUCACAGCCGUGGCAAGCAGGCUCUCGAAGUCAAGCGCCCAAAGCUCACUACCAACGUCCCCAUCGAGAUCAUCCAGCAGCAGAUGACACCAGAGUCGCCUGUUGGGCUCUCUGGCAUGAAGAACUUCCUCUUGACCGAGCUCAGGAGGGAGAUGAGUCUUCCGCUGCAUCGGCAUUCCAAUGCCAACGUUGACGAGAAGAGCGUCAACUUGGCUUGUCCUCUUUUCAUCAGAGACCCGGCAUCUUUUACCCACGUCAGAAACUCUUGCACUGAUGGAAACAUCAAGGGUGGGAUCGGAAAGCUCAUCGAACACAUCAAGAGGGUGCAUCUGAGAAGUGACAAGCAAUGUCACAACUGCGGCGCUAGAUACGGUUCUAAGCCUGCUGAGUCCAAGUCAUCGCACGCGCGAAGCUGCACCAAGAUCUGGUCGCCCUACGAGCCACCUUUGCUCACGGAAGACCAGCAUCGUGUCCUGGAGAACUUGUCGGUCAGGGCCACCGGUCAGUCCUUGGACUACAAGUACCGACACAAGCUUCUCAUGAAGCUCUUCCCGGGACAGGAAGAGUGGGCCAAGAGGGUCGAAAUCUAUCACGACUCUUACAUGCCUUGUCUACUGCCCGCCCAGCUCAUGUUUGAAGCCAUGGAGAGAGCGGUCGACAGCUGGGAACGAGGCUGCUGGGAAAGGGGCUACGCCACCUCACCACACACAUACGAUUCCGACGGCAGCGAUACCGACUCCGACAGGUCUCGAGAGUAUCGCCACGUCUCAGACUCCAGCGCCGGCGCAUCUCCCUCCACGGAUGCCUCGAGCGCGUAUCCCUCCGCCACCUCGGGCGGAUACAGCCGCACGCUCGGCAACGGCAGCGGCUAUGGUUCUGCGCAGUCAUACCAACUCGCGGACUACCAAGACGCCAACUGGGAAGGCAUGGACGAUAUGCCCAUGGCCACUCCCUCUGGGCAUCAAGUCCAAACGACCAACAUCACACGCAGCACCAAGACACGACACAAGACGACAGAUGCAGACUACUCCGUCAUGCAAAUGCAACAAGACUACCAAACAUACUCCCAGUCCGGCACGGUUGACGACUUUGAUGAGUUGGGCAGCGCCUCAUACGUGGACUUUGAGCCUGUAUUCGACGUGGUGUCAACCGUGCCUUCUGACUACCACUCUUACACUAUGGACGUUGAGCAAGCUUUGCCGAGCGACUGUUUACAUGCUCACUACUCGAAGGAUACUAUCAACCCCAAAGACAUGCAUAACACUUUGAUUGGCUUGGGAUCGGCGGCUGUGCCGAGGUAUUUGAUUGAAACGGAAGAGGAUUCGGGAAUCAUUCUUCAAGAUACGCAAGAAUAUUUGGGAGGUCGAAUCACGCAUAGGUGA